AUGUCGUCCUGCCAGGUUAUCACCGGCCCCAGUCAGCUCACGACGGACUUCGCCACUUCCACCAUUCCCUCGCAGCAGCUCGUGAGUGGUGCCUGUCUAUCUAUCAUCGAGCGCGAACGUGGGUGCCGGGCAGGCGCAAUGCGCAUCCCACUUGGAAUCCCUAUUCAAAUCAGCCCUCGUUCCACUCGGCCCUCCUUGCGACGGACGAUGCAGCUUAUUCCUUGUGGAUGGAAUACCCGUGCCAUGCUUUUCGAGUUUACUGUAUCGAACGUGAAUCUCUUGCUGACUCCAAAUGCCAUCUUGCGCACUUGACUCCAGAUCACCGCUCCUCCGACGACGUCGACGACCUCAUCCCCUGUCGUUACUUCGACCUGCUCGCAGCCCAUCGCCAUCGCCAAUGUCUCCCUACCACUCACGCAAUGCUCGACCUAUACCUCCUACGUUACCGGCCAAACUGUUAUACCCGUGAGUUUCUUUCCUGUAUUGGCUGUGCGCCCUCAUUCAAGCUGCGCCAGUGCACUCGCAUCAUGCCAGAUGGGUCCGACCAAUAAUGGCUCUGUGCCCGAAGCCAAAUUCAACCUCCGUGGCCUCCGAGCCCACACGGCCCGCGCCAAUUCAGACCCACUUUCGCCACUCCUCCGACGGAAUCACUUGACUGUGCAAUCGAAUUCACUGAACUGACGCAAUGGUUUGCUACAUCCUCUCCUUCUCUCUUGUCACCAUGCUCACUACGAUUCGCUCCCUCGUUUCCAUCUCCGACGCCGAUUGGUGCGCCCCGUUCUCUUUCAAUCCGCGUUCGGCCGCCUUGGCAUCUUUGGGCUCCUCGAUCGACGCUCGCCGACCUACAUGCCUCAACGUUUGCACGUCAUCUGCACCAUUGUGCGCACAAAUUCUUCUCCAAUAGGGUACUGUUGCGACCUCGACUAGUUUUUUGACGUCUGUGUACUCGAAUGUCCGCACACUCCCCGGCGUCGUGAGCACGACGUGCACAGUUUUACCGACGACUGCGGCACCGACGACCACGCCGACGAUCGCUCCCUCCACAGCCCAACGGACGACGACAACGACGACGACGACGACGACGCGGAGUAGAUCCACAACCAUGGUCAUUGUUCCUACUACGACGACUCCCACCACUACCGCGGUAACGACAUCGGCUGUUGUCGUGUCCACCCCCGUCGUCAUCACAACCGACGGCGAGGAAUUGACCAUCACGAGCUUCUCGACCCUCUUCGUCACCAUGACGGGCUCGGACGGGCAAGUCUCAGUUCUGACGUCCUCCUCCGGUGUACCGACGCUUAACUCGGCGACGGAAGGUACCGGCGGUUUGAAAAAGGUUCAUACUGGCGCUAGUGAGUGCCCACAUUCUGUCGCCGUGUCGACAAAGUGCGAGUGGCUGAUCGAUUGCUGCGCUCCGUGAUCCUCGCAGUUGCCGGCGGUGUCGUGGGCGGAAUCAUUGCAUUGCUCCUGGCCAUCUUCAUCUUGGUUGCACUAAGGAGAAAAGGAUGCUUCCGUUCGUCCGACGAGCAUUUCGACGACGACAUCUGGUCGCCGGACGCGCACGGACAGGGCGUCGUUGGCAUCAAGGCUCGAUCGGUCAACCACGACGAUGAUGACGACGCUGACGUCGGCAUGCACUCGGGGGAAAUUAUGAGCGAGAAGGAAGCGGAAGAAGCGGCUAUGGAAGGGUCAAGACAUUCUUGGCAUGCUCGCGCGUCCUCGUUCUCGUCGGAACCGGUCCAACCGACGAUCUGGCGUAUCUCGAGCCCGACCGCAGGCCACUCGAACUACAACCGCGCUAAUGAGCUGACGCGCAGUGCAUCGGCGGCUGCGGCGGCUCGAGUACGGAGAAGCGUUUCGGGUGUGAGCUCGAGUGGUCACGAAAGUCACGAGAGCUAUCGUUCGGCGCCGCCGACACACCUGCAGUCACCAACAUCGGCGGCGUACUACCAGUCCCGUCGCAUGUCUCAACACGAGUUCUACCAGCAACAAGAGCAGCAGGCUCGAGCGAGGUCGCCAACGAGCCCCACCUGCGAGUACGAGUACACAAUAGGUCCUAAUGGCGGCUACGAGAGGCCGAUGGAACACCGCGUGGCUCAUCGAAGAAUAGCGCCGAACGAUGGCAUGUCCACUAUGUCUCGACACGACUCGGUCGUCUCGAGGCAUCAGUCGUACUCCAACCACGCCACCUCGCCGACGGAAGUCUCAAGGCGACAGUCCUUUUCGAGCCUUCCUGUGUCGAACACCGGAGCACCCACGCGUCGCAACUCGACGGUCGCUUCGCGGAACAACUCGUUCCAUUCUUCGUCCGAUCAUUCGAGCAAUCUCGCCACCACCGGCUCGACUAGCGCCAACUCGCAUGGUCACACGCAUGGUAACUUGCGACCGUUGACCAGCCUGUCCCCUACCUCACCCACAUAUUAUAAACCUUACGAAUUCAAGCGACCCCAACUCGAAGUGGUCGUCGGCGCGGAUGAGCUGCCCAGCGACUCCUUGUCUUCCGGCGUUGUGCCUUCGCUCCUCUCUUCGAACGGAAGCAGUGAGGACGCAUCGUACGACCCUCGCCCCCCAACCCCUUCGUCAGCCAUCUUGCUCGACCUCCCUAGACCUGAGUUCUUGCAAGCCGACCGACCCAAAAUGGAGCGAUCAAGUUCGACCUCGAGCGUUAUCGCCCCGUCUCAAUUCCUCGGUGCCCGGAUCGUCAAUGUCGACGAACCGAUCGCCGUGACUUGA